AUGGCAAAAACUGUUGUGCUAGGGAAGGAGCUGUGCAACAACAUAACUGGCCAUGUCAUGAAGCUUGAUUUAAGUAACCCUUUCUUAUUUGGGAAUCAAAGAUACUUGAUGACAAAGAUUGUCUUGCAUUUUAGCAGCAACUGCAUAGGAGGAGUCAAACUGAAGCCAGCAAUUGCAAAUUCACUCCUGGCACAACCCCAUGUAUUAUACUCAUCCCAUUUCCUUGUGAAGGACUAUGGAUUGACUGUAGAUAGCCUCAGGUGGGUAGAUGGACUUUCUUCCUUGAAAAGCUUAGACUUGUCCGGGUGGAACAAUUUCAACUCCACCAUCCCUCUCUGGUUGUCCAAUGCCACUAGCCUUAAGCAACUCCAACUUGAUCAUAACAGCUUUAAUGUUUCAAUUCCUGACAAUCUUGAAAAGUUCACCUCUCUUGCUGUUCAUGAUCUUUCUUCAAACUUUUUUGGAAUUCAACUGCCGAAUUCUUUCUGUAAGUUAACUAGUCUUGUUCACAUGGAUCUCAAUGGCAACAAUUUCCAAGGCACAAUCCCCUAUUGCUUUAAGAAUCUGACUUCACUUGCCAUUCUUAAUUUGGAAGCAAAUUAUCUUGAGGGUCCGAUUCCAGAUUCAAUUAGUCAAAUGUGCAGUUUGAAAGUGCCUGAUUUGUCCCUAAACCAGUUCAAUUCACCAUUACCGACUCUGAUUAGAGAUCCAUCUGACUGCCUCCUUAAUAGACUGAAGGAGCUUCAGCUGGAAAUGUACAGGAAUCCGGAGCUCUCGAAAUUAAAGAAUUUGUUAGUCUCUUCAAAUUUAUUCCUAUUCAAAGCGAGUCCUCUAUGGAUUCCACCUUUUCAACUGCAAAUGAUUGAGUUAGAAUCGAUUGAUGUAGGCCCCCAACUUCCUCCUUGGCUGCAAACUCGAAAGGGAGUGAAAAGGUUGAUCAUGUCAAAUGCGAGCAUCUCAGAUGUCAUACCCGGUUGGUUUGAGAAUAUGUAUUCUCGAAUUGACGAUCUAGAUUUGUCACACAACAACAUAAGUGGAAGAUUACCAAAAUUUGAAGAAUAUAAUGAUUCUUUCCGAGUAAUAAAGCUGAACUCCAACAAAUUCAAGGGCACGAUAACAUCUGUUCCAUUGGGAGCUUAUUUGGUUGAUCUUUCCGAAAUUCCUUGGAAGGCCAGCUACCUCUAUUUGACAGUUAUUUGGAUCUGGACAAUCCCCUCAUGCCUGGCCAAUCUUCAGAACUUGCAAGUGCUUGAUCUCUCUAAUAAUAGUCUCAGCAGGCAAAUUCCAGAUUCUUGGUUUUUUUCUGAGGAACUUCAUUCUUUGCACCUGCAGCAGAACAAAUUGGAUGGAAAAAUUCCAUCGUCAGUCAGAAACCUGAAAGGAUUGCACAUUCUAGAUCUCGGGGAUAAUGUACUGAAGGACAUCAUUCCUUCCUGGAUAGGAGAAGAGUUACAAGACCUUGUAUAUCUCAGACUUCACUCAAAUAACUUUUACAGUGGUAUUCCAUUGCAACUCUGUCAACUGAAGAUUCUCAGGCUGCUGGACUUGGCAAAGAACAAUUUAUCUGGGAGCAUCCCUCAUUGUGUUAAUAACUUCAGUGCCAUGAUUUCAGAUGAUCCAAUAUUAUCCUUUCACAUGCGGUUCUUAAUUUAUUUUGAGCGGAGAAUUUUAGAAUCCCUUUCACACAACAAUAUAUCAGGAGAGAUCCCUGAAGAGCUAAUGGAUCUCCUAGUAUUGAAGAAUCUUAAUCUUCCGCACAAUCAUCUUCAGGGAACAAUUCCUGAGAAGAUUGGCAACUUGAAAAACCUUGAGACUCUUGAUUUAUCAAGAAAUGAGCUUUCAGGUCCAAUUCCUACAAGUUUAUCCAUCAUAUAUUCACUGAGCCACCUAAACCUGUCGUUCAAUAACUUAUCAGGGCCAAUACCUACUGGGAAACAACUCCAAACCUUGAAUAAUGAAUCCAUUUAUGAAGGUAAUAGUGGACUUUGUGGAGCACCACUGUCAAAUAGCUGUCCUGAAGAAAAAUCAUCAAAUGGAGAUGAGCCAUUGCUGGAUAGUGAGAGUGACAUGCAGCUCGAGUCCUUAUGGUUUUAUGCUGGUUUAGGACCUGGUUUUGGCUUUGGAUUCCUGGUUGUUUGUUGCACUCUAGCUUUCAAAAGGUCCUGGAGCAAUGCAUUGUUUCUGUUCCUAGAUAAUCUCUUUAGCAGGAGAAGGCAGCAAUGACAUC